AUCGCCAUGGACACCGCGCUGCCGCUGUUCGUGCUGCCGCUGUUGCUCGUGACCUUCUCAGGUGAACGGCGUGCGGUGGAAGCGGUUUCGGCUUCCGCGUCCCAGAGAGCGGCAGUGCGGUCUGCCUUAUUCAAGAACUACGAUCGCGCACUGCCGCCGCCUGGGGACCAGCUGAAAGUGAGACUCUUCAUUAGCCUCUUCAACGUGGAUCUGUAUGGAUACGCGCGGGUAAUGGAGAUUCAAGGCCUUAUUUACAUUGCUUGGACGGACUCACGCUUAUCUUGGACAGGUAGUGACGUAGUAAAAAAUGUUUACGUUUAUACCGACGAGAUCUGGACACCUGACCUAGGAGUUCUACAUAAGUGGCAGGACGACCCAGACGAAUCGUCUCUGGUCAACACAGGGUGCUUCCUGUCGUCUACUGGCUACGUGGAGUGUAUGCCGCCUGCCUACUUUCGCUCGCACUGCAAGCCGGACAAUUCUCGCUGGCCCUACAGCAGGAACAACUGCACGCUGCGGCUCGCCUCCAAGUUGCCGAUCCAGAAGCUCAAGUUCGAACUAAUGGAGGUGGUUUUCGUUUACGAGCUUGCUUCGCGGAACUGGGACAAUUUUCAACUUUCGUCAUACACCGAAGAAGUCGGAGGGAGAUCUAACGUGGUAUUAUCGUUUGAACUAAAGAGGCAUAACUUGAUACAAAUAGCAGCUUUCGUCGCUCCAGCAUUUGUGCUGGUCCUGUUGACGGUGAGCACUUGGUUCCUGCCGAUCAGCUGCGACGAGCGCCUCUUGCUGGCGACCCUCUCCGUCUUCCUGCACUGCGCCGUCAUCGACAGCCUGUCGUACGCCAUGCCAGAGGACGGACGCAGCGCGCCGCAGGUCGUGCUGAUGUAUCGCGACCUGCUGGUGGUGGCCUGUGCGUCCUUCAUGGCUGCCGUGGGCCUGCGGAGGCUGGGCAGCCUGCGCACGCUGGACACCCCCGUGUGGCUGCCCUCCCUGCUGGAGUCCGGGCCCGCGCGCUUCCUGCUCUGCUCUCCCCAUGGCUCUCUCAGGCUGCAGGAAGAAGACGAUGCUGAGGGCCUGGUGAGCGAGGAGGAGCCAGUGGCAGCUGCCACACCCGCUCCAGCGGCGAUCCUGGCACUGCUGAUCAACCGCCUGGGUCUGGUUGCGUCGACAGCCACCUGUGUAGCCGCCCUCUCCGUCAGACUCAUGGCUUAACUCUCACCUCCUUG